UGUAGAGGACAGGAGCUUCUUCUGGGUCCUGUACAGAACACGCAACGUCCUGAAAAAGUAACAUGGAGCCGCCCAAACCUGGUGUCCAAAGGAGCAGAUAACCCUGGUACAGGUAAUCCGUACCUAGGAUGAAACAAUUAUCAAGUGUACAGAGCCUCAUUACUCAUGCGCAAUGGAUCUGGAUCUACACGAUACAUAUAACCAGAUUUUACAGGGGUUAAUUACCCUCGUGGUGUCGCCUUGUGGAAGCUAAGCGUGCCAAACAGCACUGUCCCGUCAUCACCUCUGCCUCUACUCUUUAAAGUUUGCCUUACACGCUGUAUUUAUGCCUAAUCUACAGUAAAGAAGUUUUCUACUGGAUGGAUGUACAGGGGUCACUACUGAGGGGAACAGGAGAGAGAAGGAAGUCCUUGCAUAGAUACCCAGAGAGGGCACCUGACUGUGAUGGGCACAAGGUUACUCCACCACAGGUCUAAUGGAAAUAUGUGGAGGGUGAGAAGAGGAGAACAUGCAGAUGUAUGUUAUUAAGACUCUGCUGCACUUACAGGAACAGUGAAAAUAAGGACAUUUACGCAGAUUUCAAAAAUAUUCCACAAAACCAGAUCUUCACUGUAUAUACUGCUGGAAGUGUCUGACCAAACGUCUGCCUCGUAGUGAUGAUAGAGACAAGGAAGUAAGCACUCCAUAGAAUAAUAUUGUUGGACCCAGAGAGCUGAAUUAAUAUAUAAAUGAACUGCUCACCCUGGGUGGUUGUGUAGGCACAUACGCAACAAUGGGAUAGGAGACACAGGAGACCCAUCACCAGGUUAUCACGUCUCACCUGUCCGGAACCCUCCUGAAGAAACUCGACUUGUAGGAGAUGCUGGUCAAGUCCUCAGACACUAGGAGAUUGCGGUGAGCCGUCUCUGGAUCCAGCGUCAGAGGCAACCACGGCAGAAGUUGUGGCCGCAUAACAGCAGAACAACUGGAUCCUUAAAUAUUUGGUGGCAGAGCGGACAGGUGAGGUCGUCCAUGAUAUUUUCUGUGUUCCGACUGGCCAUGGUGGACUAAUGUGUUGACUGAAGGCGCAAAACCAUAAAGAACAACCAAGACAGAUAUAUAAUAUUCAAUCUUGAUCGGUGUGGAAACUCCCUUGUGAAGGAAUGAAACUCGACCAGUUCUUUCUGCAAAUAAUGCAUGAAAGCAGGAAGUAGAAAUGUUACAUGUGACAAUGUGAGCAAACCACAAGAGAUUGCGAGAACCAGAACACCCCAGAAAAGGUAAUAGAUAAUUACAAAUCAGGAGAGCACAAACAAUAGAAAGACAUUGCCAUAAAGAUCUAGAAAGUUUGAGGAGUUCAUAAAAUCUUGUACCUGCACAGUUCUACUGGACCAGAUAAUACAGGAAUCUUAGUGUUCAUCAACCAGGAAGAAGCCAUGAAUUCUCCAGCGUUUGAGGAGCUGAAGUGUUGUCUAUGUGAAGGGCUUUAUAAGACCCCCAUGAUGCUUGGUUGUGGGCACAGCUUCUGUAAGACUUGUUUGGAUGAAAAGCUUCAAACCCAACUUCAACGGAAAUGUCCUUCUUGCCAAGAGAGACUAAAGCCAGGCCAAAACCCAACACCUAACACCCUGUUGGCCAACCUGGUGUCUCGCCUUGUACUACAAAGUAAGGAGCUCUGUGAAACUCAUGGUGAAAAGCUGCUCUUCUUCUGCAUGGACUGUGAAACAACUGGAUGCAUGGUCUGCAAAGACUCGACAAAACACCUACGACACUCCUUCCUACCACUGCAAGAAGCUGAGGAGAUAUUCAAGAACAAGCUGAAUGGUUUCCUCUGCUCAUUGGAAAGAAGAUUUCAAUUUCUUAAAAAUGAAAUCAGGAGACAAGACGAAGAAGUCCAAAACCUCAAGAUGACCCAUUCCCAGAUGGAGCGCCACCUUAAAUCGCAGUUUCAGCAGCUGCAUUCGUACCUGGAGUCAAUAGAAAACACAAUGAGAGAUCGUCUCAGGAGCGAGAGCGACGCAAACACAAAGGCGAUGGAGAGAAAUCUGUGUGAACUCGAGAAGAAACGGGAAAGGAUGGAGACCUCGAUCUCACGGAUGCAAAGCAAGAAGGACACCAGGGACGCAAGGGAUUUCUUGGCUGAUAUUAAAGAUUUUCUUCAGGAAUUUUUCAGGGAGCAAGAGGAGGAAAUGAAGACGGAGAUUAGAGUGGAAGCGCCAAAGCUCAAUCCGGGACUCUAUUGUGGGCCGAUCCAGUACAUGGCAUGGGAGAGUAUGAAGAAAGUUCUCCAGCCUGGCUUGUCCAAUAUUAUUCUGGAUCCCGUAACUGCCCAUCCGGCUCUAUGUAUCUCAGAUGACCUCACUACAAUAUUUUACAAACCAACAAAGUUGAAAGAAGAAAACACUGACACUCCCAAAAGAUACAACACAACAAUUGGUGUUCUUGGAUCUCGAGGCUUCAGGUCUGGGAAACAUUGCUGGAUGGUAGAUGUCGGAAUGAAUGAGGAAUGGAUACUAGGGAUGGCAAAAGAUAGUUGUAAUAGAAAAGGGGAGUUUGACCUGAGCCCCGAGCAGGGUUACUGGACCAUAAAGCGAUCCAAGGAUGGAGCUUAUUCUGCUCUGUCAUCUCCACCGAUUCUGCUACCAGUGCAGGACAGGCCCAGGAGGAUUGGGGUUUAUGUGGACUAUGAAGCAGGGCAGGUGUCAUUCUACAACAUGAAUGGCCCGGCCUACAUGUAUACAUUCACGGGCAACUUCACGGAAAGCCUCUACCCUUUCCUGUCUCCCUGUGAGAACGAACGGCAAAGAAUGAGGGUCUUCCAUCUAGAUUUUUAAAUCUCUGUGAAAUAGAUGAUGACCAUAUAUUACUUAAAAGGGAGCUCUACCUAAAAAAUCAAGACAAUUUUCUUUGUAUCAAGUUGCUUAAUAUUUACAGAGCGUUUUCUUUACCAUUUCUUAUAAAACAAUCAAUGGUGGAAAUCUCCCGCCACAUAGACUUUCAGUGUGUAACAGGAAGGGCCAAAAGGUGCCAAGAGAAGCUACUGCAAACUGUGCCGUGUGUGCCGGACAGGGCCGAAAGGUGAAAGUAAAAAAAACAAAUCCAAGCUGUGCAGUGUCUGACAGUUAUGGCCAAAAGGUGGCUAGAGAAGCUACUGCAAGCUGUGCAGUGUGUGACAGGCAGGGUCAAAAUAUGGCAGGAAAAACUACCACAAGCUGUGAAGUGUGUGACAGGCAGGGUCGAAAUAUGGCAGGAGAAACUACCGCAAGCUGUGAAGCGUGUGACAGGCAGGGCCAAAAGGUGGCAGGAAAAAACAAAUCCAAGCUGUGCAGUUUGUGACAGUUAGGGCCAAAAGGUGGCAAGAGAAGCUACUGCAAGCUGCACAGUGUGUGACAGGCAGGGUCAAAAUAUGACAAGUGCAAUUAAAUGAAGUCCUGCUUGUUCCACCGAUACACCCUCAGCACGGAUCCGCACCCAGCCUGGUGCACACAAAUCCAAUCA